GAAAAGGUAAAGAGCUUAACGCGUUGGUCGCGUUGAACUUGACUCGUACUCGGGUUUGAAAUUGAAUUCUUUCUUUUACUUCUUUUUAAUUUUUGGUUCAGAUUAUAGAUGUGCAGACGGACGUGCAAAUGUACAGACUGAAUUGAAUUGAAUUCCUCAACCAGAUUUAAUGUUUUUCGCUUCCAGUGCUAGAUAUAUAUUUUCAAAACGACUUCAAGGUGGUCUCUCAGGAUUGAAAAGAAAACAAAUACAUUUUGGAACCUCCAGAUUCUUUUCCACAUCUCAAAUCCUCACCAUGUCUACGAGAAAAGCAGCAGCAGCAGCGGCAGGAAAACGCAAAGCAAGUUCAACUCCCGAACCAAUUGGUCAUGUCAAUGGCACCACGAAAAAAGCAAAAGUCAGCGAUGAAGAUUACGAUGUAUCUGAACUACGACAACCGCAUCACGGUGCUAAAGAAGCAGAGGAAAAUGGCAUUGUGCUGCGAAAAUACUAUCCUCAUGAAAUGUGUAAUCCGAGAGCUGUCGCAUAUAAUAAUAAUGAGUUAGCGCGUCCUAUCGAACUUUUGCACUCCGCGCUUGCGGAUACGAAAAAGGAGAGGGAGAAAAUAGAUGUGAAGGAUUGCGUGGUACAUUGGUUUAAAUGCGAUUUACGAACUCGUGAUAAUACGGCGUUGUGGAUGGCGAGUGAGAAGGCGAAGGAGAAAGGUGUUCCGCUUAUUGCGAUGUAUAUUAUCAGUCCGCAGGAUUUUGAGGCGCAUUUGACGGCACCGGUUAGGGUUGAUUUUAUAUUGAGGACGUUGGAGGUUUUGAAGAGGGAUUUGGCGGAAUUGGAUAUUCCACUUUAUGUUGAGACGGUGGAGAAGAGAAAGGGUGUUGAAGGGAGGAUCAUGGAAUUAUUGGGGGAAUGGGGCGCGAGCCAUUUAUUUGCGAAUAUGGAAUAUGAAGUUGAUGAGUUGAGACGGGAAGCUAGGAUGGUGAGAGGCUGUGCUGAGAGGGGAAUUGCUAUGGAUGUGCUUCAUGAUACUUGUGUGGUUCGUCCGGGGGAAUUGAAAAGUGGACAGGGAAAACAAUAUUCGGUUUAUACUCCUUGGUUUAAGUCGUGGAUAGCUCAUGUUCAUGAGAACUCGGAUCUUUUGGAACUAUUCGAUGCUCCUGGGAAAAAUCCAGCUGGCGCACGAGAGAAUUUCGCAAAGUUAUUCGAAACGAAAAUUCCGGAUGCACCAGCCAAUAAAUCUUUAACGGAUGAAGAAAAGAAAAGAUUUCAUUCCAUGUGGCCAGCUGGUGAAGAUGCAGCACAAGAACGACUUUCGAAAUUCGCCAAUGAAAAAAUAAACAAGUAUGAAGAACAUCGAAAUUUCCCCAACUUAAGCUCGACUUCCUCUCUAUCAGUACAUUUUGCAUCUGGAACUCUCAGCGCACGAACAGCUAUCCGUACAGCACGCGAUCACAACAAUACCAAGAAGUUAAAUGCGGGAUACCAAGGAAUCCAAACCUGGAUAUCCGAAGUCGCAUGGCGAGAAUUCUACAAACACGUAUUAGUGCACUGGCCCUACGUCUGCAUGAACAAACCCUUCAAACCGGAAUACACCAACAUAACAUGGGAAUACAACAGAGCGCAUUUCCAAGCCUGGACGGAAGGAAAAACAGGAUAUCCCAUUGUCGAUGCCGCCAUGCGUCAACUGAAGCAUUGCGGAUAUAUGCAUAACCGAUGUCGCAUGAUUGUAGGAUCAUUCCUAGCAAAACAUUUACUCAUCGAUUGGAGAAUGGGCGAGCGAUUCUUCAUGGAACAUUUGAUAGAUGGGGAUUUCGCGAGUAAUAACGGAGGAUGGGGAUUCUGUGCCAGUACGGGGGUGGAUCCGCAGCCUUAUUUCCGUAUUUUUAAUCCACUGCUUCAGAGUGAGAAGUUUGAUGCAGACGGGGAGUUUAUUCGGAAGUGGGUUCCGGAGUUGAAAUCGGUGAAGGGGAAAUUUAUUCAUGAGCCGUUUGGGGAUAAGGUGGCUGCGGGGACUGCGAGGAAGAAUGGGUAUCCGGAGAGGAUUGUUGAACAUAAGGUUAGUAGGGAGAGGUGUUUGGCGAGGUAUAAGGAGGGGUUGGGAAAGGGGAGUGGAUAGGUUUUGGGUUUUGUUGGGGAGGUAGUUAGGUAGGGAGAAGUGGGUGGAUGUGUAUAGUUUGUGUGGAUUAGAUACUCAAGAGUUGGGUAGUUAUCUUAGCAGUUCCUGAGUUUGUAAGAUUAGUUGUAGUUGUAGUUGUAGCUGUGGUGUGGUGUGGUGUGGUUCUUGUAUAUUUGAUGGAAUCCCAUAAAAACAUUCACGUUCACCGAUCUAAUAUAAAAGUUCACUAACGUACUCGCUCACUCACCCA